UAAAAUAAUAUAAAUUGGUAAAAAAGUAGGCUGCAACGUUUUCCGUUUCUUUCUCUUUUUUUUUAAAAGGCAUAUUUUAUUUGACUUAAAUUCCCUAAAUAUGAUUUGUCUUCUCUGACUAGAAACGGAACCUUUAUAUUUUAUUAUAGAGGAACAGUUCCCACCCGGCGGUAAAUAAUGUGACACAGAGUGUUUCCGCCAUGCUUGUUUUCGGAGAAACGUGAGAAACGGUGCUUCCUCUGAGUUGUUCUUCUUUUGGCUCAAGUUGAAAACUAUUAUAUUAUACUAAUCCUUAUAUUAAAACAGUUAAUUAUAACUUUAACGUGUAUUCUAGAGUUAAGUCCAAAAGUGCGACAGACGGGCUGUUUAAUCCUUAAUUUGUGGACAAAUCGCCCCCCACCCCCCAUGGAGGGUCUGGAGGAGAAGCUAAAGGGGCUGUCCAUCGCCCGGCGGUCCCGCCCCGCGGAGCCCACCUACCUGCUGGACGUGGCCCUGCAGCCGGCCGGCCCGCUGGCCGUGUGCUGCUCCAACCUGUCCGUCCGCCUCCACGACAGGGACACCCUGAGCCUGGUGGGCGAGUACCGGGGCCACGGGGGGCCGCUGUGCGGGGUCGUCUUCUCCCACGCCUCCCCCGGCUUCCUCUACUCGGGCUCCGCCGACGGGACAAUCCGCGGGUGGGACGUGCGGCGCCCCGGGUCGGACGCGGCGCAGGUGUUUAAAGGCGACGCGUCUCACAGCUACUGCAGCUUCGACCUGAGCUGCGGCGACACGUUGCUGUGCGCCGGCACCGAGCAGGUGGACGGCGAGGACAGCUUCCUGGUGUUCUGGGACGUCAGGAAGCCCGGCGGCGGGCUCCUCGGGGUGUACUCGGAGUCGCACAGCGACGACAUCACGCAGGUGCGCUUCCACCCUCGAGAUAACGACCGGCUGGCGUCCAGCUCCACGGACGGCCUGGUGAACGUGUUCGACCUGAGCUGCGGGGCGGAGGAGGAGGCGCUGCUCGCCACCUUCAACGGCGACUCGUCCGCCAGCUCCGUCUGCUGGUCCGGACCCGACUACACGCAGCUGCUGUGCCUCAGCCACGACGAGGGGCUGCACCUGUGGGACCUGAGCCAGCUGGACACGGACAAGCCCCUCACCGUCUUCAGCACCCCGGACGCUCGCGGUCUGCCGCUGACGGCCGGCGGCGGCGGCGUGGACUACCUGGUGGGCGGCAGGUGGCUGGAGGAGGCCCAGAGGCUGCUGGUGGUCGGGGGGGAGAACGGAGGCGACCUCCACCUGAUGGAGUGCGACGGCGGCGGGCUCCGCCUGCUGAGGACCCUCGAGGGAGGCCACGCCUCCACGGUGCGCUGCUUCCUGUGGGACGCUGCGAGGGAGGUCUUGGUCACGGGCGGCGAGGACUCUCAGCUGCUGCUGUGGAAACCGGGAGGGGAGGAGCUAACGUCGGGGAAAAGGGAGACCAUGAAGAGCGAGGCACCUUCGAGGCUCAAAUCCAGACCGCAUAAAAAACAUGGCUACGCAAAACACUGAACCGCACUAACGGAGAAAACAUUCACACUUAUUUUCUAGUCUUACACAUCAACAAAUAUUGUGUCUUUCCUCUGAAUAUUCAAUAUUCACCUCAGACUGUUUUAUAAGAAGUGGGCGGAGUCGUUGUGAUGUCACCCGUUGGUUAGUGGUCUGAUGUUUCGGAGCUUCAAAUUCAGCAUUUCAGUCGUCGCCAUCUUGGUUUCUUUGCAACCGGUGAACAGGAAGUGACAUCAGGACUGAGGAGGAGUGAGACGUCUGUGAUUUCUCUGAUUCUCUAUUUAUUACCUGAAUCAGAAGAAAAAACUAGCGCCGUCCUUUUUUAAAAUGUGAUUGAACGUACGCAUAACGUGACCUUUACCUUAAUCGCCACGUGAUGAGGACACAUUAUUCAGAUCAUCUGACGUGUGUCUUCAUUCCACACUGCAUACUAACAAAAACAGGUUUCAAGUAUUUAAAGUAUGUUCACGCUGGAAAAAAACAAAUAAAUACGGUCCAUUGAUGUAAGGUUGCAGUUGAAUGAACUUCAAAGAGCGUUUAGGACUUUUAAGUUACCUUGAAUAUUCAACAUUAAAGGUGAAACGCAUCUUGUUGCAUUUAUUUAGUCCAUUGAAGGUCGAAGUUCACGCUGGAAACAAAACUCUAAAUUCCUGAGAUGUUUGAGUGAAGCGGCGAGCGGCAAAGAAAAAUGAAACAUGCUGUGAAUCUCACUAUGAAAUUGGGACGCAGCUCUGAUUUUCAUUUUUUAAUUAUUAUUAUGAUUCCCUGGUUGUAAAGUUCCCCCUUUUUUUUAAAGCUGCUGCAGGCCGACGGGUCAUUGGAGUCACCGGAGCCGCCCGGCUCAGCAGGAUCCAGACCUCACAUAGCAAAGAGUGGAAUAACAUGAUUGGCAGAGCGAGUGUGUGCAUCCGUGUUUCUGUACGACACUGGAGAAAUCCUGCAGUGGUGAAAUAAAAAGACUUUAUAUAAUCAAAUUACAGACACAUUAAAAGUUGUUCAAUUACUCUU